AUGCUAUUAAAUGGUGUCAAGGCAAGAAAAUUCAUACUCGAGCAAUUCAUUACUUGGUACAAAAUUGAUCGUACUUUAUAUCCUGAUAAUACAUUAAAUAUUGCUUACUUAACUCAACAUGAACAUUUUGAUGAAAACUAUUUAGAUAAAGCAAUAGUUAGAUCUUUAAAUGAUACUUUUCUAAAAUGCUGCGAAAAAAAGCAUAUCAAAUUCGAUGGAUCAAUGCCUGUUAAGCGGUAUGCUCGUUACUUUAGAGGAUUGAAAAAAUUUCAUUCAAUAUCCUAUGUGCGUGGCGGAUACCCUAUUAGUUAUUGGGUAUCGAUUAAAAGUGAUAGUUGUCCACAAAAUCAUGGUAUCUGUUUUGGUGAAGUUAUUUAUUACUUUCAAACUGAUAAUGAAUAUUAUGCCUUUAUCAAACAUUAUAAAUGCCUAGAUAAAAGUUUAGCUAAUGGCUUAUUAUCAACACCUGUUCCUCAAAAUCUUCUCGAUCGUUUAAACAUGUAUUACCAUUUUUUUCAUGACAAAAAGUUCUCAUACAAAAUUGUAUCGACUUGUUGGAUAACUAAUGUAGUUAUUCGCAUGCCAUGGAUUGGACCCAACGUAUCAGUUUAUACCGAAAUACGUAUGGACACACUUACUCAACGGCCAGCACGCACAACAGCUGGCAAAACAUCUAAAUAUGCUGAUUUUUCAGUUGUUUCGUUUCCUCAACUGAAAAAGCAUUCUAUUGUCAAGGCAUCCUUAAUUAAUUUCGAUCCACUGAGUCCUUUUGGAGUUCAAGCUGGUAAUAUCAAGGCUUAUGGAGAAAGAAAAAAAUUACUAGUCAUUAAAACAGGAAGUCAUCAAGAAAUGGAAGAAAUUUCUAGUCGAUUUUCAAAAGAAUCAGUAAGUGAAGAAAUCUUUAUUCCAGAACAUGAAUGUGAAUAUCACCCUCAGGAUCUACGAGAACAAACAAUGGACGACGAUUUGAAUUUUGAUGAUGAUUUAUAUACACCGACGACAAACCGAAGAAAAAAACCGAUUACAACCAACGAACAAAAACUAACAACAAAAACAACAACAGGCUUCGACAAAGACGCUGAUGACUUCAAUCGAAUUUUCUGUAGUACUCCUCGAUUAAAAGUUACAAAUGUUGGUAAACGUAAAAAAACGGAAGAUGUGGACAGUAGUUCUCUAUCUGCUUCGUCUGACAGUGAUCAAGAAAAUCGAUGGUCAAAAAAUAAAGAAAAUCUCAUUAGAAAAAAUAUUGAUUUAGAGAAUUUGAAAAACAAAAAAACACAUAAGAAAAAGCAACGAUCAGAUAUGAUGAUUGUACAACAAUCUAGUGACGAUUACAAAUCUAUAGUUGCUGAAGUUGAUCUUCUUAAAAAACGUGUGUUGAAACUAGAAAAAGUGUAUGGUGUAAUUAGAAAAAACACAAGUUUUGAUCAAACGGUAACUAUCAUGAACAUAUUGUUGUAACAAAUGAUAAAUUAUAUUUUUUUGAAGAAUAAUUCACAGAGAAUUUUAAAAAUAACACGACUAAUGAAAAUAAUCAAUUAUGUAUUCCGCUUAUAAAUGGUAGAAAAUUAUAUGCAUUAUUUUUAUUCUGUAAUAGACAUAUGUUUUCAGUCAUGAUUCUUGUGAAUUUUCAGAAUAUGAGCUCGAUUACACUAGCCUAACUCAGAUAGAAGAUAGUGCAAUCGAAUAGACUAUGUAGAGGUU